CGGCGUCGAAGGGGGCGGCCCCGCGGCCCCGCGUCCGCGUCACGUGGUGCGAGGCGGGCAGCCAUCUUGCUACAAACACAAACAGAGAGGAGCGGCCGCCGCGGGAGCGCCUGCGCCCCCUCCCCGCCGCCGCCGCUGCCACCGCCACCACCGCCUCCCGGCCCCGGCCCGCCGCGCGCCACCCGCUGCCACCACCGCCACCGCCGCUGCGCGUCGCCCCCGCCUGGGACCGGACCCUGCGCCCGCCCGCCUGCGACCCGGCAUCCUGGAGUGGAUGGGCACUGCAGACGCGCUGUGGCCCAGCUUCCCUCCCGGCCAGUGACGGAGCCCUCGAGCAUCCCUGGACACUGCCUGGCCUUCCUCCUCAGCUUCAGUCCCACCAGGGAUGAACCCUCUCCCAAGAGUUUCCUCUGUUGUUGUUUAGAGGGACUGGUCGCUGCUGCUACCCCCACGACCACCACUUGUCAGCCUCAGUGACUCUGACCUGCUUUCUAUUCUAUGGAUCAUUGCCAGAAGUGAAAGGCCCAGAGGAACUGAGGCCAUACCAGUAGCCAGGGGUGUGGGGACCCUAGUUAACUCCAGCAUUGACCCCUGCCUGAAGAGAGCCCAGGACCCCCUACCGCUUUUCCGGCAAGACUACCAGGUCUCCCAGUGGCCCUAACAGCUUCUGUUAAUUCAUGGUGUGAGUGGCCAGCAGCUUAGGUGUUUGGACAGUGUACACAAGGUCCUUCCUGCUCUGUUCACCCCCUGACCUCUGGGAAGCACCCCAGCUCCACAAUGGCAGCAGAGACACUCAACUUUGGGCCUGAGUGGCUAAGGGCCCUUUCCAGCGGUGGCAGCGUGGCCUCACCACCCCCUUCCCCUGCCAUGCCCAAGUACAAGUUGGCCGACUACCGCUACGGGCGAGAGGAGAUGCUGGCCCUCUAUGUGAAGGAGGACAAGGUGCCUGAAGAACUUCAGGACAAGGAGUUUGCCGCAGUGUUGCAGGAGGAGCCACUGCAGCCCCUGGCCCUGGAGCCUCUGACUGAGGAGGAGCAGAGGAACUUCUCCCUGUCAGUGAACAGUGUGGCUGUGUUGAGACUGAUGGGGAAAGGAGCUGCUCCCCCCCUGACUGGGACCUCCCGUGGCAGGGGCAGCACGAGGAGCCGAGGCCGUGGCCGUGGCGACAGUUGCUUUUACCAAAGAAGCAUUGAAGAAGGUGAUGGAGCCUUUGGGCGAAACCCCCGGGAGAUCCAGCGAAGCCAGAGCUGGGAUGACAGAGGCGACAGGCGGUUUGAGAAGUCAGCAAGGAGGGAUGGAGCACGAUCUGGGUUUGAGGAGAGCGGGGCUGGCCCAAGGAAGGAGCAUGCCCGCUCAGACAGCGAGAACUGGCGCUCACUUCGAGAAGAGCAAGAGGAGGAGGAAGAGGGCAGCUGGAGACUUGGGGCAGGACCCCGGCGAGAUGGUGAUCGCUGGCGCUCUGCUAGUCCUGAUGGUGGCCCCCGCUCUGCUGGCUGGCGGGAACAUGGGGAGCGACGUCGAAAGUUUGAAUUCGAUUUACGUGGGGAUCGAGGAGGGUGUGGUGAAGAGGAGGGGCGGGUUGGGGGGGGUGGCUCUCAUCUCCGGAGGUGCCGUGGGCCCGAUGGCUUUGAUGACGACAAGGAUGGGCUCCCAGAGUGGUGCCUUGAUGAUGAGGAUGAAGAGAUGGGCACCUUUGAUGCCUCCGGGGCCUUCUUGCCUCUCAAGAAGGGCCCCAAGGAGCCCAUUCCUGAGGAGCAAGAGCUUGACUUCCAGGGCCUGGAAGAAGAGGAGGAAGAGGCUCAAGAAGGGCUGGAUGAGGAGCAACCUGAGGCAGGCGAGAAGGAGCUACCCCCACUGCCGCCUCCAGAGAAGUCCACCUCUCCGUCCCUACUGCCCACCUUGGGCCCACUCUGGGGCACGAAUGGGGAGGGUGAUGAAGCAGUGGAGAAGGAACUCCCCGCAGCUGAAGGAGAUGACAUGCAGAGAAUCCAGCUGAGCCCUAGUAUUGGCUCUCCCCCUCCGCCCUCUGGAGACCUGGAAGAUGAAGAAGGCUUGAAGCACCUGCAGCAGGAGGCAGAGAAGCUAGUAGCCUCCCUGCAGGACAGCUCCCUGGAGGAGGAGCAGUUCACGGCUGCCAUGCAGAGCCAGGGCCUGCGCCACCCCACUGCUGCCACUGCCCUCCCCCUCAGCCACGGCGCUGCCCGAAAGUGGUUCUACAAGGACCCCCAGGGCGAGAUCCAAGGCCCCUUCACAACCCAGGAGAUGGCAGAAUGGUUCCAGGCCGGCUACUUCUCCAUGUCCUUGCUGGUGAAGCGGGGUUGCGAUGAGGGCUUCCAGCCUCUGGGAGAAGUGAUCAAGAUGUGGGGCCGUGUGCCCUUCGCCCCCGGUCCCUCACCACCCCCACUGCUGGGAAACAUGGACCAGGAGCGGCUGAAGAAGCAGCAGGAACUGGCCACGGCAGCCUUGUACCAGCAACUGCAGCACCAGCAGUUCCUUCAGCUGGUCGGCAGUCGCCAACUCUCGCCAUGUUCGCUCCGGGAAAAGGCAGCUAUGGGGGACCUGGCACCGCCGCAGCAGCAACAACUCACGACGUUUCUGCAGCAGCUCCAGGCUCUCAAACCCCCCAGAGGUGGAGACCAGAAUCUGCUCCCGACGAUUAGCCGGUCCUUGUCGGUGCCAGAUUCAAGCCCCCUCUGGGACAUACAUACCUCAGCCUCAUCACAAUCUGGUGGUGAGGCCAGUCUUUGGGACAUACCAAUUAACUCUUCGACUCAGGGUCCAAUACUAGAACAGCUCCAGCUGCAGCAUAAAUUCCAGGAACGCAGAGAAGUGGAGCUCAGGGUGAAGCGGGAGGAAGAAGAGCGGAAACGCCGUGAGGAAAAGCGCCGCCAGCAGCAGCAGCAGGAGGAGCAGAAGCGGAGGCAGGAGGAGGAGGAGCUCUUCCGACGCAAGCAGGUGCGGCAGCAAGAACUGCUCCUAAAGCUGCUGCAACAGCAGCAGCAGGCGUCAACCACAGUUCCUGUGCCACCUGCACCCAGCUCACCACCGCCACUCUGGGCCGGCCUGGCUAAGCAGGGUCUGUCCAUGAAGACACUGCUGGAGCUGCAGCUGGAGGGCGAGCGACAGCUGCACAAGCCACCUGUGCCCCGGGAGCCACCAAGGGCCCAGGCCCCCAACCACCGCUCGCAGCUUGGGGGCCUGGGUGCUGCCCCCCUGAACCAGUGGGUUUCUGAGGCCGGGCCACUGUGGGGCGGGCCUGACAAGAGUGGGGGCAGUGGCGGUGGCAGCCUGGGGCUCUGGGAGGACACGCUCAAGAGCAGUGGAAGCCUGGCCCGUGGUCUCGGUCUGAAGAAUAGCCGGAGCAGCCCGUCUCUUAGCGACUCCUAUAGCCACCUGUCAGGUCGGCCUGUUCGCAAAAAGACAGAGGAAGAAGAGAAGCUGCUGAAGCUGCUACAGGGCAUCCCCAGGCCCCAGGACGGCUUCACUCAGUGGUGUGAGCAGAUGCUACACACCCUGAGCACCACAGGCAGCCUGGAUGUGCCCAUGGCUGUUGCCAUCCUCAAGGAAGUGGAGUCCCCCUAUGAUGUACAUGAUUAUAUCCGUUCCUGCCUGGGGGACACUCUGGAAGCCAAAGAAUUUGCCAAACAAUUCCUGGAGCGGAGGGCCAAGCAGAAAGCCAGCCAGCAGCGGCAGCAUCAGCAGCAGGAGGUAUGGCUGAGCAGUGCCUCCCUGCAGACAGCCUUUCAGGCCAACCACAGCACCAAACUUGGCCCUGGGGAGGGCACCAAGGCCAAGAGGCGGGCACUGAUGCUGCACUCCGACCCCAGCAUCUUGGGGUACUCCCUGCAUGGACCUUCUGGUGAGAUCGAGAGCGUGGAUGACUACUGACCAGCCUGUCCCACUAGCGCCCUGGGCUUGAGGCCAGGAGUGGCAGCCACAGCUUGGACCCUCGGGUCCCCAGUCUGCAGGCUCCCAGCAAGGAGCAGAGGAGGAAGCAGGGGCAGGGUCCCCAGCACUUGUUACAAACCACACGAUGCACCUUAACUCACCCACCACGAGGCACUUUACAGAUUGGGGGGGAAGGGGUUUUUUCUUUUUUUUUUUUUUUUUAAUUUUAAAUGACUGAAGAAAACGUUAGGAGACAAAAAAAUUUUGUUAAAAAGCUAGAUUCUAGACACACUUUCUCCCUGGGGGGAUAGUGUGAUAAUGGAAGGUCCACAGAAGUUUUGUUUGCUUUUUUUUAAGAAAAAUGAUGAAAAAUAAUGAAAAAAAAAGUUAGGCUGAAAGGAAAAACACACUGUUAUUUAGGGCAGUGGGGACACAUGCCCCAUGGACCUGUCCUGCCUGGCCCCUGAGGCUGAACUUACCCUGCUGUCCCCGGAAGGUGGGCUGUUGGGGUAACAAAGCUGGGGCCCCAGCAGUUUGCACAGCGAGGCCCCCUCAAUGCCCCGCCCACCGGACCCGCUGUGAGCAGCUCCCUGUUGCUGUGACUGUGGCAGAGGUGUCCAGGGUAGGGGCCAAAGUCACCCCUUGGCUUCGCUGCUUUGGGGGAAAGUUGCACAAAUUGGACAAGUCGCCUCAGCCCCCAGCUGCCAUUCCAUGCGCUAGCUGAUGGGGAGAUGGGGAAAGGCCAGUUGGUGACCGCCUUCUGUCAGGGGCGGACUUGGACUCAGGCCUGCUGAGGGGCUUCCCCCACCGCUGCCAUUUCGGGAGCCUGCCGGCCUGGUGUGAUGCCGAAAGCCCCAGCUCCCUGCCUUGCCACAUGAAUGUAUUCUUUGGUUCCCAAGCCCCCCCCACCGCCUUACCUACCCCCAGAGGAGCGGAGUGGUUCCUCUAGGAGCUGGGAAGGCGCUACUUCACAGCUGGCAGAGGCCAGUCCUUGCUGUCAAGAGGGGCAGGAGAGCCUCAAAGGGCCAGAAGUGGGCGGCUCAGGUGGAGGCUGCUGCGUGCACCAGAGCGCCCUGCCCCCAGGCUGCCGUGUGGGGUGUGGAUCACCCAGCUCUGCGCCCGACCCUUCGCUGACCAAAUGGGAGAGGAGCAAGAGGCCUCCCCUCGACGUGUUUUAAAUGUCGGGUAAGGCUGGGGUCAAGAGUGCAGGUGUCUCCUGUUGCUCACCGACUUCUCCUGACCCCCACCUGGGCUUGUCUCCAUUGUUUUUGUUUGUUUUUUUGGUGGUUUGUCUAACCUUUUGCAUUCUCAUCAAACUUCUCCCAUCGACCUCAUUGCUGAGUGCAGUAUUAGGGCGACACUGCCACUGCCUCCCUCCAUGAAUGUAUUGCUCCUUACUGCCCUGGGGAAGUGGGGAGCUGCCCCAGUUUAUUUCCCCAUCUAUCUCCAGAGAGAAGACUUUUUUUUUCUUUCGUUUUUUUUUUUUUUUUGGCACCAAAGUGGCAACUGGGUCAGUGUUGGGGAAUAAGCUGGCCUCGGGGUGGCAGGGCCCCUCCACCUACUUCUCCCUGGUUUCGACAGUGUUAAGUGUCCGUGAAAAGACAAUAUUCUCUAUAAAGCAAUAAGGGGGUGAUGGGCCAGGGGGAAAUGUCUUGCUGCUGCUGGCCCCCCAGCUCCCCCUUCCCUCUUGCCAGUAUGGUGGCAUUAGAGGGGUAGGGGAGACUCCUGUUGUGACUGAAUGUAACCACCCUGCCCCUGCCACAGCCAAUGCAGGGGGAGGGGGACACUUCCUGUCUCUUCCUGUCCCUUUCCCCCCAGAGCUAAAGAGACUUUGAGUUGGGGGCCCCACAAGCCUGGAGAGGCCUUAACCCUGUGAGGAAGUGUAGGGGGAGCCCUCUCCCACCCCAUCCCCUCUGAGAGUGGUCAAUGUUUACAAGCCCUGAGUCCCACCCAGGGACUCAGAUCCCAUUGCUGUCCUGUCCCAGUCUUCCUGGGCCCUGCUGCCCCCCACCUGGGAUUGGGGUGGAAAAGGGGUCAUUCUGUGUUCCCUCAUCUGCCUUGUACCUACAGUUCCCCCCACUUCCCCAUGUGACUGUCCCAUCCUUCUACCUGCCCCAUGUAAAUACUCCUAAUAAAACUUGGUGUGUGUUCCCCCUGUC